UUGCCUGGAAAAAAUUGAUCAGCUGAAAAGUUUCUAGAAAUUCUGAAUAAAACGUCAAAGACAGUUGCACAGUAAUAUUGUUAAAAAAAAAUAGUAUUAAAAAUAAUUUGUGCAUUUAAUAAAUAACUCAAGAAUACACACGUACGUAUUUAUAUAUCUUUUGAGAAAAAACUAGAUCAUUACAAUAACAAGCAAACAAACAACGCAAUCACAUAAUCGCAUUUAAUACUGCUACGUGUUCCUAACUAACUAUAAAACAAAUCAAAUAGUGCAACAAGUGUUUUUUAAAUUCAAGUAUUAAGUGAAGUGUACAAGUGUGAGUGAAAGAGAGUGAGCGAGAGUGAUAGUGAGUGAGAAUUUGAGCUAUGUCCGCUUCCACUCGUAAUAAACACUCAAAGUAUGGCAAUCAAAAGGUGGAUAUAGAAAAGGAAGAAUUUGAACGUAUCCGUGAAGCAUUCGGCAAAGAAGAGUUCCGUAAACUAUUCUUUGAUUACGUGGAAGAGAUACAAGAUCCGGAGAAUCGUAAAAUCUACGAGGAGGAAAUCGCGCAGCUAGAAAAGGAGCGCGGUGUUGAUAUAACCUUUAUACAUCCCAAGCCGGGAUUUGUUGUCAAGACGGCAAUUGACGGAGAACUCAAGUGUUUUAUAAACAUUGCCAGUUCCGUGCAAGUGGAACGGCCCAACAAUGAGGUAUCCGUGAAUUCGCAGACCGGAGAACGGGGUCUCAGCUGGUCCAUUCCGAUGGCCCAGACGCCGCCCCGAGAUGAUUUCGAUGCCAAGAACAAACUGUGCAAAGUCUUUGAUGUCGUCUUUCAUCCGGACGCACUGCAUCUGGGCAAGCGUAAUGCACAGUUUAAGCAAUGCCUUUUGGAUACAGCCCUGGAUGGCGUCGAACGGGAAUAUCACGUAAAAUUGGAUAGAGCGAAUCUCAAGUAUCCCAAACUCGACUACAAGGGCAUCGCACGUCCCACUGUGAUACGUAAGCUGGCCAAGAAUGCCACGGAGGAGGAGAAGGAGCCACAUCCCCUGGAGCAUUUGUAUCCCAAGAAGCCGGAAGUCAACGCUGGACAACCAAAAGUGCUGCCCAUAAAGACGAAACCUACGGCAGCUCCAACAUUUACGGUGCCCAAGCACAGCAUCAAGCAUAGUCACUCCGUGGAAAUGUCUGAGUAUACGGAUGAACUGGAUGCCAAGUUGCAGGCGACAGUGCCGAGUGCUCUCAUCGUUGAUAUCGAGCUGCCGUUGCUCAGCUCCACGGCGGACUGUCAACUGGAUGUGACGGAGAAGUCGGUUUAUCUGCUCAGCGAACGGCACGGUGCCAAGUAUCGACUAAAGCUGGAUCUGCCCUAUAAAGUGGAUGACAAGUCGGGCAAUGCUCGCUUCGAUACGGAGCAUCGGCGUCUCUCCAUCACAUUGCCCGUGGUCCGCUCCACGGCUCGACAACAACGUAAAAUGCACGACACGGUGCGUCUGCUCAGCCGGGAAGAUAGCGGCGUGGAACUCAGCUCCCAUAGCGAAUCACCUGGCGAGGAGGAGGAAGCUGACACCGAAGCUGAAGCUGAAAUUGAAGCUAAAGUAGAAGCUAUCGAUGCCAUCGUUGAGCUGACGGAGGAGCAACCAACCAACGAUAAUAAUGCAUUCCCACCCACUGUCAAUGUGACACCCCGCUCGUUCCUAAAACGCCACCUGCAUUAUCAACUGCCAGCGAAGUUCGACUGCAAUGUGCUGGACAAUGUGAUGGCAUUUGUGCUGCAUGUGGCCAAUGUGCAGCCGGAUUCCAUAGAGACGUUGCAGCUGCCCCGCAGUCUGCAUCUGCAGUUUGCCUCAAUGGGCAGUGGUUAUUAUCCCACACAUUAUGCGAUCCUGGUGCAGUUGCCCGUUGAAGCAGAUGCUGAGCUACAAAUCCAACAUGUCGAGGCGGACGCCUCCGAUGAGAAUGUGGUAUUGAAGCUGCAUUUGAGUGAGAACUGUAAGACGAUGCCAACAAGCUAUCUGGCUGGACCCGAUGGCGAUGAUCUCAAGGAGUACACGUUGGGUCAGUACAAUGAUCAGCAGAACAGCGACGAUGAUGAGUCGGAAAAGUCGCUGCAAGUGGACAUGGCACACCAUGAGGUGGAGCAGGCACUGGAGGUGACAAUAGCUCCAGAGUGCAGCAUAGAAGAGGUUAAAACUGAAAAGCAGAAUGAGAAGGAGGAGCAGCUGCAACAGAAGAAGCCAAACAAGAAGCAACGUAAGCGCAACAAACGCUCCCUCUCCGAAUCCGCUUGCGAGGACAUCAAGGCGAAGCAGCAGGAGCAGCUGAAGGAGCAACAGGAGCAGGCGCAACUCACUCCAGAGCAUACUAAGAGCGGUUCACAGCCAAUGGCAACGCUCAAGUUGCCACAGCGCAAGCAGCGCAGUUACUCCGAGAACUGCAACGACAGCAGCAGCGUUCAACGUGGCAUCCUGAAGCGUUUCAGUCGCUAUGGACCACGUCCCUCAAUGUCCGACAGCUGUUCGUCCAUUGAUGACUGCUCCUCAUCCUAUUCCUGCUCGGUGGAUGCGAUUGGCGCUGGUUUCUCCCAAUCAUUUGGCGGCAUACCCGAGGAGCGAGCUGGAGGUGGAGGAGAUGGAGAUGAUGCGGGUCUCUCGGAGAGCUGCAAGAAGACUGUUAGGUUUAAUGAUCACAUUAUGAAGCAAGUGUUUAGACUCGACUCGAGCAUUUUGGGGCAGCGUAAGAAGAAUCAGAAACGUCGCGAUUGCAAAUUGCGUGCCCAACAACGUCGCCUCAGUGAGGGCGACUCGGCGGAUUACGAGGAGACGACGGAACACCACAACAACAAUAACAACAACAAUGUUGGGGGACAGCACAAGACUGCUGGCAAUGCACAGUAUUUCAAGCAGCAUAAUAAUCGUCACGGCAAGGAUAACAAGAAGCAUUCUUUCCAUGAUAGCGGUCUGGACUUGACUGGUGGUACAACCAUUAAGAGCAACAACAACAAUAACAAUUACAACGAAGAGGAAAAUAAACGAAAUGAUGCAGAUGCUAAGAAUUCCAUGAUGUUUGAUAUGGACGAAGAUGAGGAUGAUGAUGAUGUUAUGUAAAUGUUCAGAAUGCUGAAAUCAAAAAGUUUUCGAGGCAUGUUUUCAAUUUUUUGAAACUACUUUUUAUUGUACUAAUUGCUUUUUUUUUUUUGCUAAACAAGUUUUAUAUAAUUAUUAUUAUUGUAAAAAUGUUUUGUUUAUAAGCAAAACACAUGCGCUCAAUUUAACAACCAUAUACAAUUGCAAAUUGUUUAGGUAGAAUCAGGGCAACAACAACAAAAGAAUCAAAAAGCAACAAAAAGCAUAAGCACCUUCAUAUGUAAAUGGUUAUAUACAUACAUUUUAAAUUAUACAUAUAAAAAAUUAAUUGUUAUUUAAUUUGGUUAAACUUAUUGGAAAUUGUUAAAAGCAUCGUUCAUAAAUAACUUUUAGAUUAUUUGUAAAAUGGCACUUCAUUGGAAUAUUAUUAUACACACACAUGCAUACAAAUAUAAUAUAAUUAAUAAAAAAAAAGAAACAAAUCUCUCAACAAAUGUAAGUUAAAUAGUUUCACAAACAAUAUCAAUAGUUAACAAAGCAUACAUAUGUAUAUGCACUUAUAUAUAUUUAUAGUGUUUAAGCUAUAUACAUGAACUGCGCUGCAAAACAAUGAAUGUAGCAAUUUUAACUUUUUUAGUCGAACAAAAAGUUGAAUAUAUAUACAAAAA